UUAUUUCCUCAACGCUUUCCUCUUCCUUUCUCUUCGUUUCAUUUUUCUUUACUGUCCGUUUGAGUACUCGAAGUAAAGCUUUUCUCUCUCAUUUCUCUCUUAUAACAUAGAGAUUCUUGCACAGUUGUAGAGACUUUUGGGCGUUUUUUGUGUUACAGUGUGAGUGAAAUGCGAGAUGGAGUGAAAUGAGCAGCUGCGGGUUGAGUGUAGACAACCAGCUUCAACGGUUAUGAAUCCUACGGCUGUAGACCCGACAGCGCCGCCGCCGCAGCCUCCACAGCCACCGCGCUCCUCAUUCAGUUGCGACCGACACCCAGAUGAGCAAUUUACUGGGUUUUGCCCUUCCUGCCUCUGCGAACGCCUCACCACCUUAGAUCAAUCCUCUUCCAAUACGCCCUCCUCCUCUCGCCGCCCCUCGUCCGCCGCCGCCACCGCCGCGGCCAUCAAAUCUCUUUUUUCGUCUAACUCCUCCAACAAACCGCCGCCAGCACCUAAAACUACCAGCUCCAAAUCCAGCUCGUUUUUUCCUGAGCUCCGGCGAACGAAAUCUUUCUCCGCCUCAAAAAAUGAAACUUUAGGCCUAUUUUUUGAGCCCCAGAGAAAAUCUUGUGACGUUAGGGUUCGUAACACUCUCGGGUCACUCUUUACUAUUGACGACGUUAAUAAAACCGCUAAUAAAGCCUCUUCUUCUUCUUUCCAAAACCACUCGCAAUAUUCUCAGAACAGCAAGCAAUGCGAGUCUAUUGUUGCCGAUAAGCCUGUUCUCGAAGAGCCCGAAAAUAGUGAUGAUGAGGAGUUUAUAGAACCCGAAAACAUGGAAGAUUUUGCUUCUGCUGUUAAUGCUGAUGAGGACAAUGACAAUGAUGAUGACAAUGGUGAUGAAAUUAUUCCUGUUCCAGAUGACCAUUUGGAGAAUCUUGGAAUCUCCCUUGAAAUAGAGCCGAAUAAUUCUGAAAUUAUAGAAGAAGAAGUAGCAAAUCUUAACAAUUUGAAAUCAAUGAAGGAUCAUAUAGAUCUCGAUACACAUGUCAAGAAGAGUUCAGGAGGGGGGUUUUGGGCUGCGGCUUCAGUUUUUAGUAAGAAAUGGCAAAACUGGAGGCGUAAACAGAAGAUUAAGAAGCAGAACGAUGGAGAAAACUCUGGUACAUUGCCGGUGAAGAAACCGAUUUCCAGGCGUUACAGAGAGACUCAAUCUGAGAUUGCUGAUUACGGGUUUGGGAGAAGGUCUUGUGAUACUGAUCCGAGGUUUUCGCUCGAUGCUGGGACCGGGAGAAUCAGCUUUGAUGAUCCGAGGUACUCUUUUGAGGAGCCUCGGGCUUCAUGGGAUGGGUACUUGACCGGGAGGAGUUUUCCGAGGAUGCCACCUAUGGUUUCUGUAAUGGAGGAUGCUCCAGCUGUCCAUGUAUCACGGUCUGAUAUGCAGAUGCCGGUAGAGGAGCCAACGAUGAUGACUGUGAAUAGUGUUAAUAAGGACGAGGGUGUGCCUGGAGGAUCGGCACAAACUCGGGAAUACUAUUCAGAUUGUUCCUCGAGGAGGAGGAAGAGUCUUGAUAGGUCUAGUUCCAUUAGGAAGACCGCUGCUGCUGUGGUAGCGGAGAUUGAUGAGUUGAAGGCAGUUUCUAAUGCUAAGGUUUCUCCAACGACUGCGGAUUAUUUUCAUGUGGCCAAGGUGUUGGUAGGAGAGCGAGAUUCGAGGGACUCAACUUCAAAUUCUUUGAGGAACUCGAACUCGAAUUCUUUGAGGGAUGAAUGCUCUGAGGCUCUUGAGUUGAGUAAUGGGUUUAGGAGCAAUGGUUCGAUGUUAGGGAAUGUGGAGCGAAAGGAGUCAAAGAAGUCAAGGAGCUGGAGUUGGAAAAUAUGGGGUUUUAUACACCGGCGUAGUGGUGGUAACAAAGAUGAGGAUGAAGGUAGGUAUAGUAGAAUAAAUGGAGUAGAGCGGUCAUUAUCAGAGUCUUGGCAGGAUUUGAGGAACGAACGAAAUGCUGAUGUCAGAGGAGGAUUCAAUAGGAAUGUACUUCGGAGCAAUAGUAGUGUGAGCUGGAGGAAUUCAACUCAUAUUGGGGGAUCAUUUGGGAGUUCGAGGAAACCUGUUGUUGACAUGAAUGGGAAUGGGAAGAAGAAAAGGGACGAGUUUGUGUUAGAGAAGAAUCGGAGUGCAAGAUACUCGCCUAACCAUUUUGAUAAUGGGCUUUUACGAUUCUACCUAACGCCUAUGAGGGGCAGCCGGAGAGGCGGCGGACAAGGGAAAAUAAAGCCAAAUAGUUCUCAUUCAAUUGCGAGAAGUGUCCUUCGGCUGUAUUGAAAUCCAAGAUCUGGUCAUUCAACCUUCAAGAUGAGCUGCAAUUCUUGUAACUCUUGGUGGUUAAUUGAAGAUCGAGGUAGGAUUCUUAUAACUCUUGGUGGCUACUUGAAGAUCAACAUAGGUUGGGGUUUGCCGAAUGUCUGGGACUCAGGUUUCCCAGGUCAGUUGUUGGAAGCUACAAAAAGAUUUCCCGGUUGAAUGAAGAUGAAGAAUGGUAGUUAAGUCAAAUACUUUGGAAUCAAUAAAGCUCUCAUCGUGGGCGUAGGCAUAUAAUUUGCCAAGGUUGAUUUCUUCAAAAUCCUGGUUUUUCAGUUCUACUGGAUCUAGUGACUGUUCAUGGAACUUCGUCCCAAAGAAAUUUACAUGUCUGAAAGGCUUGUGAGUUAAAAUGAGUAGCAGUUACUUAAGACAGUCAUAUUUCUUUAAUUGGUGGGUAUGUAUCUGUUAUAGUAGUUGGCUAAUGAAAAAUGAUAUACUGGUAGAUUGGUUGAAAUGGAAAGUUCGGCCCUCCUUUCUUCUUCU